AUAGCAGGUAUUAAUCCAGCCCCAUAGAGUCUGUACUCCUUAAUAAUCUAUUCAACCAAGUCCUCAAUCACAUUCACCUCCUCCUUCCUCAGGCUUCCUGGUCUCGCCCUCUGUCUUGCAAAGUUACCGAGGCACACGCGACAGCCAAAAUCCCAACAAACGCACUCCGUCUCCACCCAGCGAUAUGAGCAUUGCUCUGCUUGGAUGGCAUCCUCCGACUGCUUCUAACCCGGCCACAAUCCGCUCUUCCCACUGGCUGUCCGUCUUGGAUCCUCUGGCUGGGUCGCUGCCUUGCUGGAUCCUCCCCUCUGCUGCCCUGGCUGCUGCUACCCCAACCGGUCUUGUUGCUGGCUGAUAAGAGGUGGAGAGAGACAAAUUUUCUCUUAUCUUAUCCUCAACGCUCCUACAGUUUCCUUCUUUCCUUUGAUUCCUGCUAGGAGAGAGAGAGAGAGAGUCUUUCUACAAUCAGUCUCGUCUGUCAGGCGUCUCUAGCCAUGUUGGAUUUCACCUUGUCGCCCAACGGUGCUGGUGGUGGUCCUGCUGCCACCAUCCGGAUUGGCCUGCCUCCAGCGUCGUUGCUGCAGUUCCCCCCGAAAGAGCUCCCCGCGACGUUACCAGCACCCCAGGUCGAGACGCUCACCUGGAAGCAGCCGUUCAACAUCCCGCCGGCGCUGUACACCGAUCUGCUCGAUGUGCGGGUGCCCAUCACCAUCGCGGGCGUCUACGCGGCAACCGUCGUCGUGCUCAAUCGCGUGAACAAGGCCCGCGGGUACAAGCCGUAUGCCUUCAGCAAGACGCCGCUCUUCAAGCUCUUCGUCAUCCUUCACAACAUCUUCCUCGCCAUCUACUCCGCCUGGACAUGCGUGGGCAUGAUCCAGACCUUCCGCGACACCUGGCCGCACCGUGACGACCCCCACGGCCUGGUUGCCGUCACCGACGCCCUGUGCAAGAUCAAUGGGCCCCGCGGGUAUGGAAACGCUGCCGUCUACAGCUCGGCCACCGAUCAGUGGACCAUGCCCAACCCGCAAUUCAAACUGGGCGCAGGCAAUGUGCCCGAUGCCACGGACAUCGGUCGGCUGUGGAACGAGGGUCUUGCCUUCCUGGGUUGGAUCUUCUAUCUCUCCAAGUUCUACGAGGUCCUCGACACCGCCAUCAUUCUGGCCAAGGGCAAGAAGAGUUCCACCCUGCAGACGUAUCACCAUGCCGGUGCAAUGAUGUGCAUGUGGGCUGGCAUCCGUUACAUGGCGGCCCCAAUCUGGAUCUUUACCCUAGUCAACUCGGGGAUCCAUGCCUUGAUGUACACAUACUACACCCUGACGGCACUGAGUGUCCGCAUUCCCACCCGCAUCAAACGCUCCUUGACCACGAUGCAGAUCACUCAAUUCCUCAUUGGUACUACAAUGGCUGCCUCUUACCUAUUCAUCAGCUACACGUUGCCCGUGGCUCAGCCUGUGGCUCCCACCCUCCGACAGAUCUCUGCCGUUGCUGCUGCCUCGGUUUCCUCGUCCGGCACGACUGUGGCCAGUGCAGCCACCGCCGAGAGCCUGGUCCUCUGGUUGAAGAAGCUCGCCCUCCGGGCUGCUGGCGCACAGGGCAUUGCCGAGAACGUGGGAAGCUCUCGCGUCCAGCCCCUCGUCGGCGAUAUUUCCAACGCCGCCUCGACGGCGAGUCAGCAGCAGGGAGUGCCUGGCGUUGAGUACCCCAUGGUGACCUGCAUGGACACCACAGGUCAGGCCUUCGCUAUCUGGCUGAAUGUCAUGUACCUCCUACCUCUAACGUACCUGUUUGCGCGUUUCUUCGUGCGGUCGUACCUCCACCGCAAGGACGCGAGCGCCAAGCGCCCCGCGCCCAUGGUCGUGGCCGAGAAAGCAGGGUUGGAUGCCUUGAAGGGCGUGGGCCGCGAGAUCCAGCGGUCGAUCGAGAUGCACGGCGAUACGAGCGAGGUCACCACCGAAGACGAGUCGUUCGACAAGAGCAUCUCGAAAUCCGUCAAGACCCGCGCUGCUACCAAGAAGUCUGCUGCAAAGUCCACCCUCUCCGCGCCGCAGGAUGGCUUCAUGCCCGUCUCGCCCAAAAAGGGCGCCAAGCGCGUCACCAAGGAGAACUUGGGCCCUGCACCCUCGGUGACUGAUUCAAAAGCUGCAAAUCCGUACGAGGUUCUGGACCGUGAGGCAUGAUUUCUUUCCCUCCUAUCUCUUUUAUUUUAUUCUUUUACACGAUCUUCCUGGUCGGAAACAUGAACCUCAAUUCAGUCAUCUGCCAAGAGUGUUCGUCAUGUUCAGUCGUUUUGAUCUGGAACAUCCCUGUCUAUUAAUAUCAUUGUUACCCCGCAAUCAAAAAAAGCUGGGAUCCGAAUCCGGGCUGCCCCUGCAUCUUUACAGAGGCCCUCUAGACGGGGGAAAUUUCCUCCAUCGCAGGCAGUCAAGGAGGAGGGGUGGGUAAAGGCGGAAAAAUAUUCUCAAUCCGGUCGCUUCUCGUGAGAUCAAAGGCGACAAGGGCCGUUCAGCAAAGCUUCACCUUCGCUGUAGAGUUCGGAGAACACCUGUGAGUUAGAAUAUGCAGUUGGUUGGGCGCCCUAAUCCGCCGUCAUGUAACGUCCGACAUCAAUAUGAAAAAAUAUUAA